AACUGGUGUCGGGCUCAACAUCUAAACAAUUGACCACUGACCAGCAAAAAUGUCGGAUACCAACCUGUCAGCCGUGCUGCACAAGAAAGGGGACCUUAGGCUGGAAGAUCGUCCGAUCCCAGAACCAAAGGAAGGAGAGGUACAGUUGUCUAUGCGUAAAGUUGGAAUAUGUGGUUCAGAUGUGAAAUACUGGACAGCAGGCGGUAUUGGUCAGUUUGUGGUCACACAUCCUAUGCUUCUGGGACAUGAGUGCAGCGGAGUGGUCACUAAGGUUGGCAAAGGUGUGACACACCUGAAGCCAGGAGAUCGUGUUGCUAUUGAGCCUCAUGACAUCUGUCGUAAGUGCGAGUUCUGCAAGUCUGGUAGCUACAACCUGUGUAAAGAUGUUUUCUUCCUGGCUACCCCACCCGACAAUGGUGCCCUUGCCAGAUACCAUACACAUGCUGCUGAUUUUGUCUUCAAAAUACCAGAUAAUGUCAGUUUUGAAGAGGGUGCCUGUGUGGAGCCUCUUUCAGUGGGACUACAUGGUUGUCGUAGAGCUGGAGUGACCCUAGGAAGUCGUGUUCUUGUUUGUGGGGCAGGCCCAAUUGGACUGUGUGCUAUGCUGAGUGCCAAGGCUUUGGGUGCUGCUGCUGUUUGUAUGACAGACAUUGACAGCAAGCGACUUGAAUUUGCGAAAAAGUGUGGAGCCACACAUACCUUACUGGUUACUAAGGAUGAUAAGCCAGAGGAGGCAGCUGUCAAGGUAGCCAGUCUGAUCGGUGGAGCCCCACAACACACUAUAGAAUGCAGUGGAGCACAGUCCUCUGUAAAUCUGGGAGUUCUGGCCACCAAAUCCGGAGGAACAAUGGUUGUGAUUGGUCAUGGUCCUGACAAUGUGACAUUUCCCGUGGUCAGUGUCAUCACCAGGGAGAUCACACUCAAGGGGUCAUUCCGAUACAUGAACACCUGGCCCACAUGUCUGGAGAUGAUGUCUUGUGGGAAGAUUGAUGUCAAACCUCUUAUCACUCACAUGUUUUCAUUGGAGGAAACAAUGAAGGCAUUUGAAACUGCUAAGUCUGGGGAAGGGGUCAAGGUCAUAAUUGACUGUGAGAAGAAAGGGUGAAUCAUUUUUGGAAAGGUGAAAGCCACAGAUAGCAAGAAAUGGGGACGUUCAGUCAAUGAGAAGAACACCAGGCAGACAAAAUAUGAAGAACAGUGAAAAAUGAUAAUAAAUGUACAUAUUACUACUUCUUUAAUCAUGAAUUUGAUAUUGGUGAAAAUUAAUUGUAUCAAUGAUAAAUUUUAUUAAAACCUAUUAUGUUGAAA